AAUCGCUGGAACAAAAGCAACAGAGGAUGAGGAUGGGAAUGUUCAAGCUUUUCAAGUGCUUCCUGCUGCUGUGUGCCAGCCUGCAGCUGGGAUUGGCCGCCACGGUCACUGUCUUCCAUCAUCGUCCGGUGAUCUAUCAUCAUCCGCUGCAGGAGCAGCAUCCCGGGUACACCAUUGUGGCGCCCCUCACGAAGAUUGCCCACGUGACCUACGACUCGGUGCCCAUCUCCCACACGCCCUUCGAGCAUGUGCCCCUCUUCCAGCGCAUUGGCCACGUGAAGAGCGUCCGAUUGUAGCCACUCGCAGAGGAUGAAAAGACUCGCAAUAAAUAGAUUUAAAAUGGA